UACAGCUCACAUCCCUUUCUCCUCUCCCAGCACAAUGGAGCCACUGCCAGCUUUACUACUGAAAUCGUGGACUCCUAAAGCCCGUAUCUUCGCCGUCUUUGCCUGCAUGCUCGUUUGCUUGGCUGGAUUAUGGGUCCUGCAGUUCAAACGGAUUAAUCGUAAAAACAAAGACUUCUAUUCUUUUGAAGUUCUGAAUUCCAAGGGGAAGCUGGUCUCGCUGGAGAAAUACAGAGGCAAAGCAUCCCUGGUUGUAAACGUGGCGAGUAACUGCGAACACACGGAAAAGAAUUACCAGGGCCUGCAGGAGUUACAGAGAGAACUCGGGCCCAUGCACUUCAACGUCCUUGCGUUCCCUUGUAACCAGUUCGGAAAAUCCGAGCCCGGCACCAACUCCCAAAUCGAUAGAUUCUCCAGAACAACUUACGGAGCCACUUUCCCCAUUUUCGGCAAGAUCAAAGUGUUAGGGAACGAGACCGAGCCUGCUUUCCAGUAUCUCAUGGACACAACCAAGAUGGAACCCCGAUGGAAUUUUUGGAAAUAUCUGGUCAACCCCAAGGGUCAAGUGGUAAAGGUCUGGCGAACUGAAGACUCCAUGGCUACUAUCAAGAAAGAAGUGUCAGAAUUAGUGGCAAAAAUUAUACUGAAAAGACGAGAAGAGUUUUAAAGUAGAGCAGCUGUGUCAGACAGUCUCCUUCUAUGAAUUCUGAAAAUAGUCUGCACACCUGAAGCUUAUACAAGCUGUUGCAGUUUCACUAGAUAGUGAAUUUCCUUGCAUCUGAAAUUUCCAGCCACAUGAAAGUGUUUUGAGUCCUGAUGCUAAAAUCUAAAUCUAUUGUGAUAUGUGAUUACCAUGUCAUACAAUUGUAAAAUUCUGUUGCAGUUUUGUUACAACAGAAUUAUGAUUUUUUUGCGGUAGACAAACCUCUAUUGAUGUUUACAUGAGCUACUUUGUUAAAAGGGUACACAACACAUGAUAUUUUGAAAAUCAUAUUACUGUUUAAUGCAGACUGCAGCAGCAAAUUUCUAUACACUCAGAGAUAAUCCUGAAAUCAAUUCACAAUAUUUAUAGAUGCAAGAUAAAAACAACCACUAAGAAUGAACAGAUUAUCUUUUCCAAUUAACAUUGAUUUAGGUAUUCCUAGAGCAAUAUAAAUUGGGAUCUAUUUUUUUGAAUCUCAGUUUUUUUAUUAUUUAAAAUAUGAUUGACAUGUUUUGUUCAUAUCAUGGAUCAGACCAACUCAAUGUCACAGAAUAGAUUUCAAGAUACCAUUAUCUAUUGGACAUAGUUUCACUAGGGAAAAAAUUGCAGUAACUACAAGGAGAUUAGCCUGAAAUUCUUGUUUGACCUUAUUGUUAUACAGAUAUGAACAUCAACAAUCACAACAUUAACUUUUAUGUUAUAUUUAAAAUUUUAAUCCCGGAGAUCUGGUUCAUUAAUUUUUUGCACUAUAACCAGUUAAAUUCUUAUUUGCUUUUUAAUUUCAGUUCUUAAACUAACAUUAUAUAAGCCUAUAGAAAAUCUAUAUUUUUAGAUACAAUUGCCUCCAGCAUUCAAACAAGUAUAUAUUGGAUAGUGAAAAUUUGAUUCAAUGGAACAAAUCUAUAUAAUGCUUUCCUUGUACAAAGAGUCUCUUUCAGUGUUACCUAUAUUUUGGUUGUUAUGUAUACAACAUACUUUCUCCUAUGGAUGCAGUCAGCCCACAAAUAAUUUAGUUGUGUUUCCCAUCACAAAGAAUAGCUGCUGGUCAAGUAUAUUUGACAAGAUUAAUACAUAUUCUUAAAGUUCUUUUGAUUCUCAUAAACUAUUCAUGUUACUUUUGUAAUUUGUAAUAACAAAGCCUUAAUCUGUAACUGUCAAGUGAUUUAUCAGUAGCACUCUGCUAUGUACAAAAAUAUUACUGUUUUGCAGAUGUUUCUUCAAUGUGGCCUAAGAACAAUACUCAAUUUGUAAUUGGACCAUAUUAGAGGUGAUUCCCACAUGUUACUUAAAAAAUCAGGCCAUAUUCCAUAAUGCCACGCCACAUUAUCAGUGUGUGUAUCAAGAAAGCAAAUUGAAAACAAGAAAUUUUGUGUAAAUGUAUUAGUUGCUUUACACAUUAAUUCUCCGGGAGCAAAUGUUAUUCCUCAUCCAACUUUUUGAGUAGAGAUUUGAAAAUUCUAUAAGGACAAAUCUCCAUAAACUAAUGGCCAUAAUGCAGGGGUCACCUGUACUCAUGAUAGAACAGCAGCAUAUCUAACAGGAUGAUGUCCUUUGGUUGCUAUAAUGCUUUUUGAAUUAGCUGAACAGCGAAUAUUUGUGGGCGCGUAAUGGCCAAGAUAUCACUUGUGUUCAGCUUGAGACAUAAAAAGGUUUUCAUGUCUCCCUCGUAUGCAUUACUACAGGAGCUGCUCAGAUAUAUGACACUCUUCUUACUUCAACCAUUUCUUCCAUAAUUCACUUUAUGUUUUCUCUUUAUAUUUUUUCUAUUAAUCCACCACUGUGAUUAUUUUCAUUGUUUAAUACAUUUUGUCUCUGUGCUUCCUUUUGUAUUGGAUUCCAUUACAAAACCAGAACAACGAAAGCAGGAAAAUCUCCAAAUAGACUGUGUUAUUUUACCAUUAGAAAUAGAAGUAGGCUAUUCAGCCUUUGGGGCCUGCUCAGUAGCUGAUCUCACACAAACCUUUGAUUGCUUGAAUGUCUAAAAAUCAAUCAAGCUCUACCUUGAAUGGAUUUAAUGACCGGAAUACCACACCCGUCUUGAUUUAGAGAAGUCCAAAGAUUCAUUGAUGUCUGGGUGAAGGAAUUCUAAUCACCUCUACCUUGAAUGGCUGACUGUUUAAUUUGAAAUUAUGACCCCAGUUUCCAGACACUGAUCAGGGGAAACACAACUCUACAUUGGCUCUGUCAAGCCCUUUGUGAAUUUUAGAACAACACACAAAAAUCUGGAAGAACUCAGUAGGUCAGGCAGCAUCUAUGGAGGAGAAUAAGCAGCUGAUGUUUCCGUCUGAGAGCCUUCAUCAAGGAAGGUUCCUGAUGAAGGGUAUCAGCCCAAAACAUCAGCUAUUUAUUCCAGUCCAUAGAUGCUGCCUGACUUGCUGAGUUCCUCCAACAUUUUAUAUGCAUUGCUCAUAGAUUUCCAGCAUCUGCACAAUCUCUUAUGCUUGUGAGAAUUUUGUCAACUAACAUUCUUCUAAGUUCAAACACAGUCUACUUAUUCUCUUUUAUACAAUAGAUAUGUCAAUAUGUGAACCAACAUCAGAUUACUGUUAACUAUGGAGCCAAAGGUUACAUGCUGGCCAUUUAUCUUUUGCACUUGUAUUGUUCAUGUUAAUUUUGGAUUGCAGAGGUACAAGCUCACUUUUCCAAGAUGAAGCCCCACUUUCCUAGGAUCUCCUAGAUAAGAAUGCAAUAUUUUUAUUCAUGGUUAUUACAGUUUUGUGCAGCAUUUCUGUCUGUUAGUGUCUGGAGUGAAUUGUUUGGGUGUGUAAAUUUUUGAGUAACAACUACACAGAAUUUGUAGUUUCAGCUAAUCUUCUCUCAAAGCCAUAGCAUCAAUGAUGACUAUGCAUCGAGUUGCUGAGGCUCUAGCCUUCUUAUCACCAUACCCUCUUUCCUCCUUCGAGACAAUUCUUAAAACCUACCUCUUUAAAUGGAUUUUCAGUCAUAAUGCCUAAUAUUUUUAAGUAUUUGUAAAACAUCUCGGGAACUUUCCAUAUGUUAAAGGUACUAUAUUAUUACAAACUGUUCUCUGAUUUAGUCACUUCAGAAAUUAACAUAGCUAUGCUGUGUAUGCUUUACCAUAUUGGAAUGUGAGCAAUUUAUUAAAAAGUUUUUGAAAUAUAAGAAAUCUGUGGACGUGCUGGGACUUUUCACUGCUCCGUUCACUGGCAGGAGCCUUGAAUGGCAUUUCACUCUUCCAUAUGUUCGCAUUAUAAUAACCGAUGACACAAAAAACAUAACAGGAUUCAGGAGAACAGAAAAUCGUAAGUAAAUGAAAGAUUUAAGUGUUUGAUCUGAGAAAAACGCUGGCAGCCCCACUAUGUAUAAUUUUGUUUAUACAGAAUUGGUAUAUUUCUAUGUAUAUCAAAGUGAUUACAUUCCUUCAUCUUUUUUGUAUAAUCUCUUCAAAACAUCAAUAAACAUACUUUAUUUUGGAUGGGCUUUUACGCUUUAAGUUAUAAAUUAAUUUCUUUCAUUUGGUAUGUUCCUGUUUACAUUCCUAAACAGUAACAGGAGGUCUGUUCUAUUUGUUAUUUUUCCAAAAUAAAAGUUAAU